UUGGAAAAAAAAUUAGAAAACAGAUAAGAAACAACUAGCUACUCUGUUUCCGUGCAGCCGAGCUGUCAUGUCAAAGAUAAAAGAUAUGAGAACGAGAGGAAAUGCAAGGGGGGGGCGCACAAGCCAGUAGGCCCAACUGAUGCUUCCGUUUCACAUGGCAAUAUGGCAUGUAUAUCUUACUGUGCGCAUGAAAAUGAUGCCUCAAUUAUCCAUUGCCAACAGAUUGCGCCGAGCAAUUGAUACGUUGGAAAAUCAUGAGAGAAAAUUCCAACCAUGUCAGAUGCUUGGAAACUUCAUCGAACCACAGGCCCGGUGCAGACAAAAUAACAAUCAUGCUGAUUUUCUUGUGCCGAACAAAAACCCUUCAGGCUAAACAAGACUAACAAGAAAUGGCAUCCGCCCUCCUCUGCCCCCUCUUGCCUCUCAUCCUCCAAAUUGUACUAUUACUAAGUCCUUCGUGCACUUCAACCGAAGGCAUAAGCUUGGGUUCCUCCCUCACCGCUCAGACUGGCCAAACAACUGCCUGGUUCUCGCCUUCCGGUGACUUCGCCUUCGGAUUUCGACCCUUGGAAACCGACGGCAACCACUUCCUGCUCGCCAUCUGGUUCGACAAGAUAGAAAACAAAACCGUAGCUUGGUAUGCAAAUGGAAACCAAUCGGUGCGAGCUGGGGCUGCAGUGGGGCUCGCCACCGACGGGAAGCUCUCGCUCCAGGACGAUGACGCCGAGGAGGUGUGGAGCGUCAGAGGCAACGGUACCGUUGCAUACGCCGCCAUGCUCGAUAACGGCAACUUUGUAUUAGCAAGCAGCGAUGGCUCGGUCCGAUGGCAGAGCUUCGACAACCCCUCCGACACCAUCUUGCCAUCCCAAGUUCUGGGUCCGGGUAAGGAGCUCCGAUCCCGGCUUAUGUACACCGAUUACUCCGGCGGACGGUUCGAGCUCAGCAUCCAAAGCGACGGCAAUCUGACGUUCUAUCCGGUGGAUAUUGUGUCUGGCUAUCCAUAUGAUCCUUACUGGGCUUCCGGAACGAGUUCGAAGGGAUCGCAGCUUGUCUUCAAUGAGUCCGGUACCAUCUACUUGGCUCUACCUAACAACACCGUGCUCGUCAAUUUUACAUCGGGGAGAAUAGGCUCGGUCGGAGAUUUCUACCAGAGGGCAACACUCGACCCCGAUGGGGUCUUCAGGCAGUACGUCUACCCAAAGAACACGACUACGAGCGGCGGCGGCGGCGGCGGCUGGACCGUGGUCGAUUUCCAGCCCCCCGACAUCUGCCGAGAAAUCACAACGGCGACGGGGAGUGGCGCCUGCGGGUUCAACAGCUACUGUGUGUCUGGUGGUGGAGAUCGGAGCGUGGAUUGCAAGUGCCCACCUGACUAUGCUUUCGAGGAUCCAAGCAGGAAGUACGAAGGGUGCUUUCCAAAUUUUACGGCUCAGAUCUGUGGAACGAACGAGUCGGUGACAGAGACACUGUUCGAAUUGAAAGAGAUGAUCGAUGUCGAUUGGCCUUUAUCUGCCUAUGAGCAUUCCUCUCCUGUCGAUGAGGACGAAUGUAGAAGCAGAUGCUUGAGCGACUGCAACUGUGCGGUGGCCGUUUACGAGGUUGACGGCGAAAAUUGUUGGAAGAAGAGGCUCCCUCUCUCCAACGGAAAGAUGGGAUCCUAUGUGGACCGAAAGGCUUUCAUCAAAGUGCCAAAAGAAUCAAAAGAUUCUGCGGAGGGAGAUUCUAGUAAUAAGAAGUAUGUGAUUAUCAUAAUCCUUCCGUUACUUCUGGGAUUUCUCCUAUUGCUGUGCCUUGGACUGCUUGUCCGGAAGAAGCUGAGAAAACAAGGUAUAUUGCAUGACUCACACUUGGAUGAAAGCAGAGAAAAGGACCUGGACUUGCCUUUAUUUGAUAUAUCUAUAAUAGAAAGCGCUACCAACGUCCUCUCCAAUGAUAAUAAACUUGGUGAGGGUGGGUUUGGGCCCGUUUACAAGGGUCAAUUGGUAGAUGGACAAGAGAUUGCUGUCAAGAGAUUGUCUAAGGAUUCUGUACAAGGAUUGGAUGAGUUUAAGAAUGAGGUUAUGUUGAUAACCAAAUUGCAACACAGAAACCUUGUGAGACUUCUUGGUUGCUGCAUUCAAAAUGAGGAAAGAAUGCUGAUCUACGAGUACAUGCCAAACAAGAGCCUGGACACCUUCAUAUUUGAUAGAACAAAACGUACAUUGUUGAAUUGGCAAAAGCGUCAUGAUAUCAUUAUAGGAAUUGCUCGAGGACUUCUUUACCUUCAUCAAGAUUCAAGGUUAAGAAUAAUUCAUAGGGACCUCAAAGCAAGCAACAUUUUGCUGGAUAAGGACAUGAAUCCGAAAAUUUCAGACUUUGGCACAGCAAGAAUUUUUAGAGGAGAUCAGAAUCAGGAGAAUACAAGAAGAGUAAUUGGGACAUAUGGGUAUAUGUCACCAGAGUAUGCAAUGGAUGGUAUCUUUUCAGUCAAAUCUGAUGCUUUUAGCUUCGGUGUCAUAGUAUUGGAGAUCUUAAGUGGUAAGAAAAAUAGAACGUUGUAUGAUGCCGAAUCUUCUCUGACACUUUUAGGACAUGCAUGGGAACUAUGGGAGGAGGGUAGAAGUUUGGAGCUGCUUGAUGAAGUAAUGGAAUGUCCAUAUCCUGUGUCUAGAGUAUUGCGAUGUAUGCAAGUUGGUCUUUUGUGUGCUCAGGAAGGCAGUAAAGAUAGGCCAACGAUGGCAGAAGUGGUUUUGAUGUUAAGCAAUGAAGGUGUGGCACUACCCCAGCCUAAACGGCCUGCUUUCUGCGUAGGAAGGACUUUACCAGAAAGAGAAUGGUCUUCCUCAGAGCACAAUUCAUGUGCAGCAAUUGAAAGUACAGCUACAAUGUUUGAAGGUCGAUGAUUAACUCGCCUCAACAAAUUUUUUUGAUGAUUUUACCACUUGGUAACCAAAAUAUAAGUAGGUCGUGUUGGAUAGGGUUGAGUUUGUUAAUACAAAAAUUAUAAUUUUGCAUAUAUGGUAGGAUGGACUAUCUUGAAAACCUGACUUCUCCCAGCUGUAUUAUUUCUUAGCAAGGGCCAAGACACUUGCAGUCUGUACUACAGGGAGAAGGCAAAGAAUACUCAUUGGUUAUUUUCCAUUGUAAUGUAGCUGGAUUCAUCAGAUGGCUUCAUAUCGUUCACACCCAUACCAUAUCUUGCACAGUUCAUUGCUUAAUAUAUUAAAAAGAAAGUAUUUCUAUUGUUCAA